AUGCUUGCCCGGAUGCGACCCAUCGCGCGGUGCCUACGAUUGAAAUACGUCUGCACUCGGCAAGCCAGCUCCAAGGCCCCAAUCGAACCGCCUCAGGCUCUGCUCCAACACCAGCACGUCUCGCGAUCUGGCCUCGUUGCGUACAGCAAUGCGAACGCAAUCCAGAGUGCCUUUCAACACGAUUUCCUGCAGUGGAAAGACCAGACUAAGCACGAUGCCUCCCGCUCUACCGUCGAACCCCCCCGACCGAAACUUAUCUCGUUCGAAUGCAAGCCCACGUUCACGAUAGGACGGCGACAAGACGCGUCAAUACUCGAGGAACAGCGGACAACGUUAACGCAACCCCUGCAAAUCGAACUUCCCAAUCGCAGAGAACCUAUACAGCACACCUUUACGCCGAAGAUCUGCAAGACGCAACGCGGUGGCUUGACGACCUAUCACGGACCAGGGCAACUAGUUUUAUGGCCGGUCCUCGACAUGCACUCGCCGCUAUACCCCAAAUUUACAGUCAAGAGCUAUGCUGGGCAUCUUGAGGCCACUACGCAGCGCGUUCUCCAUGACCUCUUUGGCAUCACGACACAUAUUGAUGGCGCAGAGCCCGGCGUUUGGAUCGCUGGCAGUAACGGCAGACAAGAUCGCAAAAUUGCCGCUCUAGGCGUCCACCAGCGACGGUACAUCACCUCGCUAGGCUUGGCGCUCAAUGUCGACAUUGCCGUGACAGGAGAGACCAAUGUCAAUCCCUGGAAACGGUUUGUUCCUUGUGGAAUCGAGGGCAAAGGCGUCACGUCUGUGGCGGCAGCGGCCGAUGACCAUCACAAACCUGCGAGCUGGGAUCUGGAGAAUUUAUCGAAACAAUGGGCGCAGGUCUUCGAGAAGGGUCUGGCUGAUCCGUCACUCAGAACAUUUACCCAUGGUAGAUGA